AUGGUUGGCCUAGGGCCGAGUGAUCAAGGAUGUGAUUCCUUUGAUGUGUGUAUGGUGGCACGUGAAACUACACCGAGUGCGGUCGGUCGUGAGAGCACCGCACUGAAUGUCGGUAAUGACAUUUUUGGCGAUACGCCAUUUAGUGUGGGCGGCCGUGAAGGCACCACGCUUAACGUCGGUAAUGGCGUUGUUGGCGAUUCGCCAUAUAGUGUGGGCGGCCGUGAGGGCACCACACCUAAUGUCAAUAAUGAUAUUGUUGGCGAUACGCCGUAUAGUGUGGACGGCCGUGAGGGCACCACGCUUAACGCCGGUAAUGGCGUUGUUGGUGAUACGCCGUAUAGUGUGGGCGGCCGUGAGGGCACCACACCUAAUGUCAGUAAUGAUACUGUUGGCGAUACGCCGUAUAGUGUGGACGGCCGUGAGGGCACCACACCUAAUGUCGGUCAAGACAAAAGCUCUCGUAUAGAGCGUACUAUGGUUGGUAGUAACCAUGGGGACAAUAUUGUCCCGACCCCUAAGGGGUGUAAGGUCUCGAAGAGACAAUCGAGACGCCGAGUAGCAGCUGUAAAGCGCCAGGCGUCCUGA